UUAAGAUGAUUGGAUUAAUAAAAAUGUUCUCACACAAUUGUAGGUUUAUCGAAGUCAUUGUAGUUGGAAGGUGUUAAAGUUAAUCUGUUGGGAAGUGGUCUUUCAUGGUAGUUUCCAUUCUACAUGUACAAUAUCUCCAUAUUAGGCUUGUUUGUGUUAAGGUCUCUUCAGUUAACCCUUCAACUGAUAAGAAACUCCCAGAAUGAUACACUGAUUUUGUUUCUGUGUAGCAUAUUUUUCAGAUAUGUUUAAAAAUUAUAUGUUAAAUGGCAAGUGAAGUAGAAGAAACUUUAAAAAGGAUCCAGUCUCAUAAGGGAGUUGUGGGAACUAUUGUUGUCAAUGCUGAAGGCAUACCAAUUAAGACUACUAUGGACAACACAACCACUGUUCAGUACGCUGGUCUCAUCAGCCAACUGUCUGACAAGGCUCGUAGUGUUGUCAGAGAUUUGGACCCUUCCAAUGAUCUAACUUUCUUAAGAAUAAGAUCAAAAAAACAUGAAAUUAUGGUUGCUCCUGAUAAAGAAUUCAUCCUAAUUGUGAUUCAGAAUCCAGCUGAGUAAAGAAGAUAUUUGAAAUAUUUGCACCAAUUAAUUAAUUUAUUUAACGUUGAUGUUGGUAUCGUACAUGUAUACACAUUUGUGUUGAUGUAUUAGUGAUACGUAUUAAUAAAUACUUUGUAAUAAAA